CGUAGCAAAAAAGUCACGGUCGGUUCAUGCAGUUUUUUGCUUUCUUGGACGUUUUGUGCAAUAUUUGAAAAUGAUGUUGUGCUUAAAUUAUUGUCUGCCAUAAAUUACUGUAGUUUUCUAACAUCUAAACUAUUUUCUACGCCAUGUCGACCCCAUCGCCGCCGCAGCCGCGCCGGUCCGCCGGCGACGGCAAGAAGACCACCCCACCUACCUCCAACAUCGUAACCAGGAAUGGAGCACGAAAGGCCAAGAUACAGACACGAGCGAUGUCAGCUGGCGCGAAGCCGUCGGCGUCGCUCGUGGCUGCUAAGAAGAAAGCCUUGUUGAAAAAGAAACAAAACAUUGACACUGUGAUAAGGGAUCAUUAUCAGAUUGCCAUGGAGUGUAAGAACAAAGUGAAGGGCCCGACGGGGUUCGUGACGGAACCUCGCAUGGCUGAGCACCGCUGCCUCUGGGACGACAAUUACCCUGAGUGCCCGGAGAGGCUCACUAGUGUCAUUGAAAGAUGCAAAGAACUGGGCUUGAUAGAACAAUGCCGCCAGUUCCCUCCCCGAGCCGCUACCAAGCAAGAGCUGUGCACGUUGCACUGCCCCAGUGUCAACGAUAUGCUGUUGACCACCCACCGGAGUGAGGACCUGCAGUACCUGGAGGACUUGUCUGCUAGAUACGACGCUGUUUUCAUACACCCUAGUACGCACGAGCUGGCACUCCUCGCGGCGGGCUCCACAAUAGACAUGGUGGACCGCAUCAUAUCGGAGUCAAUACAGAACGGCGCGGCGUUCGUGCGGCCGCCGGGACACCACGCCAUGCGCGCGGAGCCCUGCGGGUACUGCUUCUACAACAACGUGGCGCUCGCCGCUAAGCAUGCCCUGGACAAGGGGGUGCAGAGGAUUUUAAUAGUUGACUGGGAUGUACAUCACGGCCAAGCGACACAACAGAUGUUUUACGACGACCCGAGGGUGGUAUACUUCUCGAUCCAUCGCUACGAGCACGGGUCGUUCUGGCCAAACCUUCGCCAGUCCGACUUCCACUACGUCGGCUGCGGUCGAGGCAAGGGAUACACCUUCAAUGUGCCUCUCAACAAGACUGGUAUGACCGACGCUGACUACCUGGCCAUUUGGCAUCAGUUGCUGUUACCUAUGGCUUUUGAGUACCAACCGGAGCUGGUCAUAGUAUCUGCCGGGUACGACGCCGCAAUAGGAUGUCCUGAGGGUGAAAUGGAGAUAACUCCAGCCUGCUACCCGCACCUGCUGAACAUGUUGAUGUCGUGUUGUCCCCGCGUGUGCGUGGUGCUGGAGGGCGGGUACUGCCUCGCCUCGCUGGCCGAGGGCGCCGCGCUGACCCUGCGCACCCUGCUUGGACAUCCGCCGCCAAGGAUUGAAGCGUUGCAAGAACCUUGCGACGAAAUAAGAGAAACGAUCCUCAACUCAAUCUACGUACACAAACCUUACUGGCGUUGUUACAACUACCAACAGACUUACAGCACAGACAGUAGUAUACCAAACGUGUGCGACAGAGAGAAACAAAAGCAUACAGUCUGCGUUAAGUGGGAGGGAGACGAAACGAGGCCAGAACGCUUCGCCACGAGGGACUGCUAUCCCUUGCAAGAUGACGCGACGAAGAGGAAGAUUAGGGAGAGGCUCGAUCAUUUGAGGAUUGUAACGGACUUAUCCCUACCUAAAUAUCCAGUUGGUUAUAUCUACGAUCAAGCGAUGCUGAAGCACAAAAAUAUAUGUGAACCCGGUCACGUAGAAUGUCCAGAGCGUAUAAUGCGGAUUCACGAGCGACACCGCGACUAUGGACUGCUGGAUAGAGUGCACCACUUGCAGGCCAGGCGAGCCACCGACGACGAGAUACUGGCCGUUCAUACUGACAAGCAUUUGAACAGACUAAAAGAGUUGGCGACAACUAAACUACGUGACCUAAACAGUCAGAAAGAUCAGUACGACUCCGUGUACUUCCACCCUGACUCGCUGGAGAGUGCCGCGGUCGCCGCUGGAUGCGCUAUACAGAUGGUAGACGCGAUAUUUUCCAACAUGGCCGGCGCGGGAGUGUGCGUGGUCCGUCCUCCGGGGCACCACGCCGACGAGGACGCGCCCAGCGGCUUCUGCCUGCUCAACAACGCCAGCGUCGCGGCCACGCAUGCGCUGCGAGCGCACGCCGCGCGCCGCGUGCUGCUGCUCGACUGGGACGUGCACCACGGGAACGGCACGCAGCACCUCACACUACACGAUGACCACAUUUUGUACAUAUCGAUCCACCGCUACGACCACGGCUCGUUCUUCCCGCACUCCAAGGACGCCGACUAUACCGUCGUGGGGGAAGGCAAGGGGGAGGGGUACAACGUCAACAUACCAUGGAAUAAGCGCGGUAUGAGCGACGCGGAGUAUCUAGCGGCGUUCACACAGGUGGUCCUUCCGAUAGCUUACGAGUACGAUCCGGACCUGGUAAUCGUGUCUGCAGGGUUCGACGCCUGCGUCGGGGAUCCCUUGGGAGGUUGCAAUGUAUCCCCGGAAUGCUACGGUCGUAUGACGCAACUACUCCGAGGCCUGGCCGGCGGCCGCGUCAUGCUCUGCCUAGAAGGAGGGUACAACGUCACCUCCAUCUCCUACGCUAUGACCAUGUGCACUAAAGCCUUGCUAGGCGACCCCAUACCCCACCAUUAUGACCCUAAAGUAACAGUCCACUGGUCUGCAGUAGAAACCAUCAAUAACGUCAUCAAAACCCAUAAAAAAUACUGGAAAAGUUUAAAAUUCCAACUCGCUUUGCCUCUAGAAAACGUUCUAGAAGAUCCCUUGCCUUCUAGAGGAUUGAUUGUAACAGAAGAUAGCACAGAAGUUUCCCUCUCAUCUACAUUAGAUGAUUCAAACAAAUCCAUAAAUAGAACGUCGAAAAGCCUAAGCGACUUGAAUGGUUCUCUUGAGACUCAGUUAGAACAGCUGACUUUAAAACCGAAAUGUGAAGACGGGAUCCACUGCGGGACUGACGACGAAGAAGAACCAAAGAGUUCCAAUGUCGAAUCUAAAGGGGAAACGAAAAGAGAUUUGGAAGUCGAAAAAGAUGCUGGCUGCAAAAGAACGAGGGUGGAAAAAGAAAUUGAAAGUAGUAGUAAGGACCAAGGAGGUUCAGCGCAAGGAGGUUCGAAGCUUCAAGAGACGGGUACUUUAGUCGAUUAUUUAGCAGAGAACAUGCAAGCGAUAGUGGACGGAGAGAUGUUUGCAGUGAUUCCGUUGCCGUGGUGCCCGCAUUUAGACUCGCUGUUCGCCAUCCCCAACGAUGUUAAGUUUGAGCAAGGGACCAAGUGUGUGGAGUGUGAGGAAACUGUAGAGAAUUGGGUGUGUCUGCACUGUUAUGUUGUUGCUUGCGGGCGCAGCAUCAACGCGCACAUGCAAGCGCACUACAGCGCCACCCAACACGCGCUAGUGCUGUCCCUGCUCGACCUGUCGGUGUGGUGCAACGCGUGCGACGCGUACGUCGACAACGCGUUGUUGUACGACGCGAAGAACAACGCGCACCGCUGCAAGUUCCACGAGGACAUGCCCUGGUGUUACCGCAGUGAUACGCUGCAGCUGCAUUGAGGGGGGGUUACGUAUUUUAUCCCGUAAAUUAGUAACAUACUGAACCGGGCUUGACACCAGGGUUGAUUAGGUUGGUAUUCCACCUCACAGCCCACACGAUAAGAAGAAGUAACAUACUUGCUGCAGCGACUCAGAUCCGAAAACUGUCAAGUAGCCAAUUCACAUGAUAAGAAAGAGAGCAUAUAUCAUAGUUAGUCAGCAUCGACUGUACGAUCACGAGCAUUAAUAUGUAUACACUUUGGUACCAUGUCACAUUAACUUUUUUGACAAAUUGAACUGUAAGUCUCACUAAAUGUCGAAUAUGUUAGUGCGACAGAGUCCUUAAGUGGGUACAUUAUACAGGGUGUUAGUGACAUCGUAACGAAAACUUUGAGGGGUGGUUCAGGCCAUGAUUCUGAGUUGAUAUCAAGUAGAAAUUUCCGUCGCAAAAGUAUGGAUUGGAAAAUAAUUAAAAAGAAAAGAAAAAUUUUCAUGAAUUUUUUGACACGAAAUUCCACUUGAUAUCAACUCAGAAUCAUGGUCUGAACCAUCCCCCUCAGUAUUCGUUACGGUGUCACUAACACCCAUACCUACUUAUAUGGCUACCGUAUGUACUUGUACGGGGUGUAAGUGUCAUUGUAACGAAUACUGAGAGGGAUGAUUCAUCUGAUUAUUCUGAGUUAAUAUCAAGUGGAAUUUUCCAUCGCAAAAGUAUAGAAUUGAAAAUAAUUUAAAAAAACUAAAAAAAAAACAUGAAUUUUGCGACGGAAAAUUCCACUUGAUUUUAACUCAGAAUCAUGGUCUGAAUCAACCCCCUCAGUAUUCGUUACGAUGUCACUAACACCCAGUAUUGCUCAUGACCGUACUUGCAAUAGUCAGAAGCAAUUCUCUCGUUGCAGAUAAUUGUCAACUAUCGGUGGGCAACAGUACAACACGCAAUCAUCAACGUAUAUGUAUUAACAUCUCUAAAAUCCUACUAAACUAGCUAAUUUAAGUAUAACUAGUAAAAUUUAACAAAAGGAGGUAUUUUUGUAAUGAAUAAUAAAAAAGGUAAAAACGGAAUGUUACGAGUUAAACUUAACUAUAAUGAGGGUCUUUCCA